AUGCGAGCGCACAUUGUGCGUAGCCGCGGGCAGGUGGCAGUGCACAGCACACCGGCUGUGGCGGCUCGAAUGCCCCCGGCAGUGCUGCUAGUCAUCAACUUGCGUAUUAGGGCCGCAGCAGACUGCUGCUGUGGCAGCAGCAGCAGCCUGCUGCUGCCUGAUUCAGUCAAGCCAGCGGUGCAGCGAGGCGUGCAGAAUUCGCGCGGUUUUGUCCCUCCUGAGGCUGAGCGCAUUCGAGCCCGUCGACCGGAGUUGGAUGGUACCACGCGUCUCACUGAGACGCGGGGUACUGGCCAUGGCCGGGCUACGGAGCGUGAGGUGGCGAGCGGAGCGAGCGACAAAACAACGAGAAAAACACGGAUCUGA